UUCACUUGCUGUUCCCUGCUCGUACGAUCACGAUGAUGCCAAACACUCAAGUGAAAUCUCCUUCGGUAUUUAACGAGAAUUUUAGCAUUCGCAAAAUGCUUGCCAUCGAUCUGGACGACGAACUCGCCAAGUCCGAAUCGAAGUCGGAUAAAAUAGAAAGCGUCGAAGAGAGUUCACCUCAAGAGAAGACUCAAGAAUCGAAGACCGAACCGACAAGCACGGAAUCAAAAGAUGAACGAGCCGAAAAACCACCGUUCUCCUACAAUGCCCUAAUCAUGAUGGCGAUAAGAUCGUCGCCGGAGAAGAGACUCACCUUAAGUGGCAUUUAUGAAUUUAUAGUUAAGGUAUGUUAAGUAAAUAUUCAUAUUAAAUGUACGUAUAUAAACGCCUACAGUGCACCUUGUGUAUAUAAAAUACUAUUUGUAUAUAUGACUUUUUAAUGUACAGUAUAUGAGUAUUGAGUUAAGCCCUGUGUAAGAUUAAGGGACUAUUAUUAUGUUCAUGAGACAACCUAAUGCACUUAAAUUCACAAGUGUUUCAAAUUGGCUUAAGUAUAGAUUAUACAAAGUUUAUUCUUAUCAUUUAUUUGAGACCGUUGGCUUGUUUGCACAAUUCGUAUUUUAUGUACAGUUUAUCUAUAUAAGGCCAGCGCAACCGGAAACCAUCUUAGAUUCACAAGUGCUUAUGAAAUUGACUCAAGUAGAUUUUCACAGUUUAUUCUUGUCGUUUAUUGAAGUGUUUGCAGUUAUACACUUUAUAUAACAAACGAUAUUAUUAUGUAUACAGUAUAUUUAAAGUAUACUGAGUGAAGCCCAAUUUGAGGACCUAUUUUCUGCAUUGCUGAAACCAUUCUAAGAUUCACAAGAUAUAGUUUAAAAUUACAUACAUGCGUGGUUUAAGUGCAUGUAUAUUGUACACAGUUUAUAUUAAUAUUCUUAUAUUUUAUUGAGAUGAUUGUUGGGCUAUAGUACAAUGACUUGUUUCCACAGCCAGCCAUUUAUAUACAGUAUACAUAUUUUGAGUAUAUAGGCUCACUUGUGCAGCUUAUAUAUAAGGACCUUAUAUUUUUAUGUUCCUUAUAGAAACGAUGCUUAGUCGUACAAUCGGCCUAAGUAUAUUAUACGCAUGCAAUUUUUGCUUAUCAAUGUUUAACGUGUGCUCAAAUUGUUGGGCUACAGCACUAGUGUGAGGACAACAAAAUAUUUAUUUUAAUUUAUUUGAACUUUUUUUCGGAAAAUAGAAAAUGGAAUCGGAGCUAGAGUUCCAACGAAUCCAUGAAGAUUCCAUUGUAUACGCCUAGUUUCAACAGCAAGAAAUUUUCGAUCCAAUAUAAGCAUCUCUUGUUUGGCAGUAUAGUUUGAAAAUUUAAACAUCUUCAGUCCAUAUACUAAAUUGUUUUUUCCACUCUAAUUAUUUUCCCACUAAAGGGCUGCUCGUAUGAAGGCGGGCUGUCCCGAUUAUUUGGGAUGAUUAGUUUAAUAAAGUUCUUUUUACGGUUUUGAUAAACAUCCAGAAUGACAUUUCAAAGUUGAAUUACUUUAGUUUCAAUCCAGUCAGAAAAACUCCAUUCAAACGAUCGUUUAUGGUCAGGAAAAAAUUUCGUGACACAUUUCAUCAAUGGCUAUGGCCGGGCUGGUCUGACCUGACUCAUAUAUGAACAGCCCCUAUGUUCUGGUGCUUAAAGUUGGUAAAUUCUAAGGCUUUGAAGGAUUUGUAAGAAAUGUUUGAGAGAACUGACUUGGUGUUUAACACUCUAAAAUCUAGCCUAUAAUUAAAACUCUACAAUUUAUCAAAAGCCAUGGGCUUUGGUGUUUCGAGGUAAUUUCCUUUUUCGGUAUACCGUUUUCUUACUAAAUUUCGACAUACUGAAAGGAACGGAUUUCAAAGGAAAACCUUUUUACAAAUACUGUGAUAUUUAAUCUUCAGUCAGUUCAGAUCCGUAUGCCCGACCGUCUUCAGUGAAAAAAAAAUUGAAGAAAAUCCAUGUUGCGAAAAUGUGUUGUUUGAAGAAUAUGUUGUACUGCGUUAUAGGGCGAUUCCAGCGAUUUAAGAAAAUUUUAUGAAAACUUGUUGACUUUAGGCGGCUAAAAAUUAAAGCGUGAGUUCUUGUCUCGGAGUUCACCUUAUAUAAUAUAGAAAGCAGAUUUUUCAACAGAUUAUUUAAUACUAUUCCUCCGUGUUCAUUUAUAGAAUUUUCCAUACUAUCGCAACAACAGACAAGGCUGGCAAAACUCGAUCAGGCAUAAUUUGUCUCUAAACAAAUGUUUUGUAAAAGUUCCUCGCCACUACGACGACCCUGGGAAAGGAAAUUACUGGAUGCUAGAUCCGAGUAGCGACGAUAUCAUCAUCGGAGGGACGACAGGGAAGCUGAAACGUCGAAGCAACCCUAACCUAAAAAACCGCCUCGCGUUGAAACGACAUGGAGGUUUUAUGGGGCUUCCGAGCUGGUAUUAUCCGCAAAGUGGCAAUUAUUGGCCGUAUUCGCAAUAUUAUGCUUCAUGGGACCCGUAUUGGAGUCGAAGUGGUCUACAAGAAUCUCACCCUUAUUUAUCUCGUUUUUCGCCGGAGUCCAGCUUGGCGCAUCAUUAUGGGUAUCAAAGCCUAGAUGAGCUGACCCCAAACCCAGCAGAAUACACUUCGAAUAACCUCAGUUCCGCACGAUAUCCCUACCCAAUUCCUACCUCAUCUUCGCCUCGUACGGACGAAAACCCAGCCUACUCCCAACGCUGUCUUUGCGACGAUCAAAUAGUGGAUAUAUCGCGGGAACGAACUCGUUGUUGUCAAGGUUCUACUUGCUCUAAUUCUUGGCAGAAUCCACAGCUGAGCCCAGUGCCAACCGCUUCGCAAGAACUGAAACCUUUAUUCUAUUCGCCUUCUUUGAUGCGAAAUAGAUACGCUUAAAAAUUGUCGUUCGCCUUAUUGUAUAUAUAGUGAGUUUUUGGACUUAUGAGAGGGCAGUAUAUAAAGUAUAUUUAAUUAUAUAAUAUAUUUAAGACUACAUGUACACUAUUGUAGAUAUAUGUAAAAAGUGCUUAUAAGUAUUUAUGUUAUUCAAUUAUAUUAUAGAUAUUAGAACUAUGUAUUUAUGCUGUGAUAUGUAUAUAAAAUCCCAUCUGGCUAGGAAUUGAAGAUUUGAGACUGUUAAUAUUUGAACUUUAUUCGCUUUUUUUCAAAGCAGUAAUAAUUAUACCUUAUAAGAAUAGGGCGCAUUGCGGCUUAAUGAAUAAUACGCGGCCAAAUAUAGUGUAUAUAGUUCACUCAUCAAUGCCUAACAUUUUUUCUUGAUGAGUAAAAAGGCCUAGCAUUAAACAGUGAGAUGACAAAAUAGGACGCAUUAGAGCGCAUUGCGGCUUCUUAGGUUGAGAGACAUGGGCGCCGGAUUGUCUGGCUAACAUCACAUGUAAUGCCCAGCACUUUUGCUUGCAGCGUGAUACUUCAACAAGAGAUGUGACAGAUAGUAUGAUUAACCAUUAAAGCCAAAAUAACAUUUUUGCCUUGAAGGGAAUUCAAGCUUGCGUUCAAAUAUCGGGCGCAUUGCGGCUUAGUACAGACAUCAGCAGACAGUCUGUUGAAUCCAGAGAGUCAGACCGAGUAAAAUUACAAAGUAAAGAGCAUUAGGGCGCAUUGCGCCUAUAAUCAGUACAACAGACAUGAGCAGAUAGUCUCUUUGACCCAUUAAUGUGCUAUAUAGCCCUUGACGAGUAAUACUUCUGGCGCUUGGCAGAGUAAAAUAUCUCAUAAGUAUUGAAGUACAAAAUAACAUUUUUGCCUUGAAGGGAAUUCAAGCUUGCGUUCAAAUAUCGGGCGCAUUACGGCUUAGUACGGACAUCAGCAGGAAGUCUGUUGAAUCCAGAGAGUCAGAGCGAGUAAAAUUACAAUGUAAAGAGCAUUAAGGCGCAUUGCGCCUAAUCAUGCAGUUAAAACAGACAUGAGCAGAGUCUCUUUGACCCAUUAAUUUGCUAUAGCCCUUGACGAGCAUGCAACGCUUCUGGCGUUUAGCAGAGUAAAAUAUCUCACAAAGUAUACAUUUGAGUUUCAUGGGUUAAAUUUUUACUUGAUUGGAUUUGAUAUGUGCCAGUGUAUAUAGGUAGUGACUAUAAUAUAAGAAAGCUGCCAAGUGAUAGGGAUACAACUACCUGUAAAAUACAAGGAGAACGCCGACAUUUCGAGUGGAGGCCUUUCGUCGGCAAGUCAGUAGGGCCUUCGCUCGAAACGCCGAAGUUUUGCUUAUAUUUUUCAGGUUGUUGGAUAUCUCUAUCAAUUUAUAGCAUACUUGAUUGGACCAAGUCAUUUAUAUAAUAAUGCAUGUUUUGCUGGAAGGGCAUAAUAUUUUUGAAAUGCUCACUUUUGUUUUCAAACUUUCGCGUAUAGUGUAUCUUUACACAGUCAAAAAGUAAUUUAAAACAUUUAGUUAGGCGUUAGCAUCGUUUUGGUACCUGUCGUUAUUAUAUUGCCAAUAUGGGCGGACUACGCUCUUUUGCUGUCAAAAAUGUUAAAAGUGUCAAAAAAAGUUCGCUUUAUGUAUAGGGGUACCUGUUGUAUCAUAAUAUCAGCAGACAAUUUACCGACAUACUUAAAAAAGAGUGCAAAAUAUUUAUUCAAUUCCAUAGAUUAUCAAUUUAAGCUUGCACAAAAGUUAGAUUUUGGCUUUUUCGGAAGUGAAGAGAUCGGCGCAUCUUAUAGCCCCUUAGUUACCCUGGAUUCCAGAGCCUUCGACAGUAAAUAAUAAAUUGAAACGUCGCGAAGGCUCUGGUUCAACGGGAAGCUUCUUUGAUUAAACCGCGCCAAUCACAAAACAGAAUUAGUGGUUUUAGUACAGAAUCUGUUUUGUGAUUGGCGCGGUUUAAUCAGAGAAGCUUCCCGUUGAACCAGAGCCUUCGCGACGUUUCAAUUUAUCAUUUACUGUCGAAGGCUCUGGAAUCCAGGGUACCCCUUAGUCCCCAAUAGAUGAUUCCAGCUAUAUACUAAAUUUUGAUCUCGGCAAGAAGAACAGAAUCCAUCACCACAGCUAGAAAGAGCAUGUUAAAAUUAGUAAAAUUGCAAAGUUUGGCCGCGAAAUCUUGUAAAAUGCGGAAAAUAUAGCCAUGCGAAAUUUGCAAAUUUUGUAUUAAUUUGUAUUACGCGCAAGAAAAUGUACCACAUUUGGGCCGAAAGUAGUGCAUUUUCCCUCAACGCCAUUUGAGACAGCUUUAAUUUUACAUUACCAAACACGACAGCUUUUUCUUUGGGUAUUACGGUUUUCGCUGUGGACACGAGGAACAGGCCUUUUAAGGAGAACAGUUUAGAACCGAUAAAGCUAGUCAGUUUAUACUUUUUCGAUUAGUUUAUUAAUUUCGUUUUGUUUUUUACUAACACAAUCAAGCUAAAAAAAUGACUGGGAAGUAAUUGUGAUAUAUUCUCAGUUUUGUUUAUUUCGUGCAAUGAAUACAUGCAAUACCACAAUGCUUUGCGGUAUUUUCUUUGUGAUGGAACAAAUGCAAAUCACACCGGAAGAACGCUGUGACAGUUUUAGUAUAUCGUAAUAUACUGAACUGAGUUUUAUUUUGUCUGUAACUUUAAAACGAUUAUAAUCAUUUCUGACCCUUUCAAUUCCUAUAUAACUAUGAAUUUUAUACCCCAGCUUCAAAUAUUUAUACACACAUUCAUUUCGUUAACGUUAAACAAAAUUUAACUGCAAAAUUAGUUACUGACGUUAUGUUUUUAUAUUGAAUAUGCCUAAUGUAUAAAACUUGUCAAUGUUCAAACUAAAACAUGGUUCAUACUAACAAUUUUGUCGACGAUUUUGUGUUUCUGACGGAUGCAAAUGAGUGCAUGAACUUGCACACAAAAAUAUAGAGUCGUUUUUUCAGAAGUGAACAAUGGACCAUUCCCCAAUUAACCAAAAUUUUGAACUCAGCAAGUCUAGAGAAAAUUUCAUCACAGCUUGAAAGAGCAUCACAAAAUUAGUAAUAUUCCAAAGUUUUGUUGCAAAAUGUUGUAAAAUGCGGAUAAUAUAGCCUUGCGAAGUUUGCAAUUUUCAGUCAGUUUAGAUUACAAACGGGAAAUGGUUACCACUUCUGUGCGUAAUACAAAAUGACUGAAAAUUACAAACUUCGCAAGGCUAUAUUACCCGCAUUUUACAACAUUUUGCAACGAAACUUUGGAAUAUUACUAAUUUUGUGAUGCUCUUUCAAGCUGUGAUGAAAUUUUUGUUUAGGCUAGUUAAGAUCAAAAUCUUGCAAAAGUGGUAACCUUUUUCCGUGGUAACCAUUUUCAUUUGCAAAAGUGGUAACCAUUUUCAUUGCAAAUUUCGCAAGGCUAUAUUAUCCACAUUUUACAACACUUCGCAACGAAACUUUGGUAUAUUACUAAUUUGGUGAUGCUCUUUCAUGCUGUGAUGGAAUUUUGUCUAGACUUGUUGAGAUCAAAAUUUUGGUUAAUUGGGGAAUGGUCCAUUCAUCAAUCGUUCAUCUUCAUGGUCCAUUUUCAGAAGUAAACAAUUCUAAGUCUUUUGUAUGUCAUUCAUUCGAUCACAUUUGCCAGGAGGAGAGAAAUCGCCGACAGAAUUGCUAGUGUGAACCAGGCUUAAAGGGCACUCGGAGACUGCUCACCUCAGCCAGAGAAUUAAAUUAUGUAUCAUGCAUAAAUUAUGCAAUGUCUAAUUACGCAUUCAGUUUACUCUGAUCGGCAAAGCAAGAUAAAUUUCUGCUAAUUUCUCAUUCAAUUUUCAUCCAAAUUUAACCACAAUUUAAUCAAUUUGUCUCUGGGCAAUAUCCACGGUACAUGGUAUGUGUGUAUAUACAUAAAAACAUAACCUCUUGUCGUAGGUAAAUUUUCGAUUAUUGCCAACCCUCGGGAGCUCCACUCUGUAACGCCACAAAUUUUGAAUUUAAUUUCAUUGUAUACAUUCAUAAAUUUCAUUGAACUUCGUUGCCAUGCACACGUUUUGUUAAUUAAAAAAAUAUGAAAUAUCUCCAUUAUGAAGAAUAGAAAGGGAAGUUUUCAAAAGAAGUUUCUUUCCAUUUGUAAUUUUUAUGUAGUCACUUUUGUGUUGUAAUAAAAACACAACAAAUUUUAAUAACGCAAAAAAGUCAAAACAUGCACUAUAUUGUGAAAGCUGACAGUAUAGAACAAAUUUAGAAUAUUCAAAACCAACGGAAAGUGUAACGCGUUCUUAAACACACACAAUUGAAUACGGUUUAAAAUUAGUUCCAAAUACAUAGAUUUUCACUGUCGUACAGGAAACUGACCAAUAUAUAUAUAGCCCUUUUACGUAAGUAUAGGUUGUUAUUAGGUCGCGAGCGCAAAACGUCAAGCUGUGAAACACAGUUAGAUCACAGCGGGCACGUGAGGCAAGGUAAUACAACUGCAACAACUUAACAUAAACAAUGAUAUAAUUAGACCCACAAUAACAUUCGAAUACAAAUUCAUGUAUGUUUUUGGUUUAGGAAAUGUCGAAAACUGGUCAGUAUACCAAAACUUUUGAUAAGGAAAAUAUUCAAUGCUGUCGGUUCACCCAUUUACAUGACCCUACAGAAAGGCAAGCCAUGUUACACGUGUGACGUGAUCAUUUUUGCUCGAACUUGCAACACAAUUUCAAACAUAACGAUGUUAUGUUAAAAAGUACAACAGUAAAUCAGUGAGCGUGGACUGUUUUUCACUUCUCUGACAUGUUUCAUUUUCAUUCAUAUCUCAUUCACUCAUCGCCUUUAUGGCAAUGAUUAUUGCCGUGUACUUGCUUUACUACAAACUCAGUAUAUACUCAUUGUGUAUACUUAGUCUUUAAAAUAAAGUGCACAAAAGUACAGGUUUCUGCAUGAAAAGUAUAUUCAAACUACGAGUUAGAAAGAGAAGCACAAUUGCAUAUACAAACAAAACUCUCCAACAUUCCUUAUAUUAAAAAUCAAUCCAAUCCUGUUUCGUGGCAAGACAUUUUAGACUUACACAUAUACCAACUAAAUUACGGUAUUGAAUAUCUUGGUUGGGGCUUGGAAAGGCCAUAAAGAACUACCAGACCGUAAUGUUGACGUACCUCCCGUACGUAAGUACGCGAAUUAUCGCAUCCUACUUAAAUGCCUUUACAGGCAACUCGAUUUCGAUGAAACCAACAGUAUUGAAGAUUUUGAUACCAACUUAUACAAAAUACAAGAGGGCAUUCGAAGACUGCUCACCUCUGCCAACGAAUUAAGUUCUGUAUCAUGCAUAAAUUACACAAUGUAUGCAUGGCUAAUUACGUAUUCAGUUUACCCUGCUUGGCAAAGCAAGACAAACCUUUGCUAAUUUCUCAAACAAACAAACAAACAAACAAACAAACAAACAAACAAGCAAGCAAGCAAACAAACAAACAAACAAACAAACAAACAAACAAACAAACAAACAAACACAUAUACGCAUGCAAACGCGGUUGAAAACAUAACCUCCUGGCGGAGGUUAUAAACUUACGUAUUUUUCACACUGAAAGUCAGGCACGUUAUACAUACCCAAAAUGGCAGGUAUGCAGGCAACUAUUAUACCUAUUCGAUACGUAUUGCCUAUCAUGGGUAACAUUUCUUGUUUCAAGUGAAAUAUUUAAUUCUCUUAAUUAACGUUGUAUACGGCUAGAAAAUAUAGACAAAGAGUUUUCAUAGGUCAAAUACGUUUAAUCAAGUUUGAAAGGAUUUAUCAUUCUUAGAAAAUUUCAAAAUUAACAUGUCUGUAGUUUAAUAAGAAGCAAACAAAGAAACUUACAAACUAAUUAAACUACCUUAAACGCUUGGUUUUAAUUAAAGAGCACAAAGACACUAAUGAACGAAACUUAUUAAGAGCAAACACUGCACGCAAAACAUGGUCCAACUGUCACAGCAGUAGCACAGGAAGGUAUUUAACGUGGCAGUGCUGCUGUCAGAUCAGACUUUCCAAAAUCGUGCAAGUGCCUCAAUGCGGUAUUAUAGACAAUACUAGACACAAUAAAGACCAAGCCGCCAACCACUCCGUUUUGAUCUCGCUCUGUUUAUAGAACCGUGCUCAAAUUGUUACGGCAAAAGUGACUUUUCAAACAAUUUCGCUCCGCCGUAGUGUGAACGCUGUCUAUUCGCAUGUCAAGUGAGGCAUUCGAAUAUUUUUUCCGUUGAUAGGAGAUUACGAUCAAAAGGAAGGCGUGCUUAUUUCACUCUGGCGUAGUCUGAGGCGACAGCUGCGGUAGAUUUCAGGAAUCGUAGCCGUGCUUGUACAUAUAGUUCCAAUACUUGUGACAAAGACGCGAGCUAUCUUUGUUCGGUGUGGCAAGCUGGCAGCAGAGUUUCAUCACAUUAACUUUUUAUUAAAAACUUUUAACGUAAUAUUACACUUGAAGUAUCGUCACUGUUCAUGGGAUGUGACAUUCAGCAUAGUUGUAACGAUACAACAUCAGCAAACAGCUGGCUUUCGAGACAGUUUCGCGCUGGGAAACAAACAACAUUUUUGCCUCCUCAAAGUAGCAACACGCGGGGAGAGGAACAAAUAUAUACCCCGCAUGUCAAAACAGAAUAGUUUAAACUUUAUUUAUAUUGGACAAGGGUAGGUUGACUCUAAAAUUUUGUAGUCCGCUGCAGGUACGUCGAAAAAAUAUAGUCAGCCACACCUAUAUACACCUACUUCACAAGAGAUGGAGUACGCUAUAGUGACUUGUCUAUAUAUAGCUACUGUUUAAGGAAUGUAGCGAAAUAUUCGCUACUUUGCUACAACAAAACAUCCUGCUAUCCACAUUUGCAAUUUACAUUGAUGUUCUUCUAAUUUGUAUAAUUGCAAAAAAGAUGAUAAAUGGACCCUAUUAAGCAGCAAAAGCCGUAUACGUUGGUAAUAUAAGAAAGCCUUUAUCAAACUCUGAGGUUCUUGGUGGUGGACUAAGAAGACAAAAAAUUGCACGCUCUGGUAGAUUUUACGUCUCCAGUCGAUUGAUGGGAACUUUGAAAUGUAGCGAAUUCCCGUUGUUCCUUGAAAAAUAAUCAACGACUUCGCUACUGAAAAAAUUAUAUUUCGCAACAAUUACUGUUUUAAUUGAAAAUGUAGUCAAAAAGUACUCGCUACUUUAAAAUUGUAAUUCAUUACAGUAUAGCGAAGUGCAACUAUCUUCUCUAGUACCAAUCCUUGAUAUUGGAACUGUAUAUGCAUUCAAAACUGCUCUCCCUUGAAGUCCAGUAAAGGGCGUCCCUUGUUGAUUCCACAGAAAACCUGCGGUGUUUGGUUAGGUUAAAUGAGUUGUGAAACUGAAUAUUACAGUAAUCGAAUGAUUUCUUACCCAUCUCUGCUGAAGUUAGGGAGCCUAUAGGCUAUAUAGUCGAAGGGGCCAGUUCCAAAUUCAAAUGUCAAAAUAUGUGCUUUAAAAACAUUGAAUCAAGAAUUCUGUUGUUACAAAAACCAUGUGGAGGGAAUGCAUCAAGCUAUCAUCUAAACCUGGAGCCGAAAUGGCUUUCAACUCCAAAAAUAGGGUUAAAAUGACUAAUGUGAGUCAAAUUCACAACCUAUUGGGGUAGGAUUUGCUUGAAUCGUACACUAUUUGGGGUUUGAUUUCAGGGUCCAUUCUCGUCCCUAGGCUACUAUUUUAGGUUCGUUUAGAAGUGCAUAGACCUCAUGCUUACCUCUAUUCAAAGACUACAUGGCUAUCUCAACAAAAAUAGAAUCUAUGGGCAUUCACUUGCCAUGCACUGUUCCAUGUAAUGUGAGUCGAUUUGGACCUCCUUGACGUAUAUGGACUCUCUUAUGGUCCACAAUUUUAUGAAACCCAAUUUAGAUUGAAAUAGAAAUAGCUAUACAAUUAAUAUAGGAACUUCCAUGCAGGUCGCUAUAUAUAGAAAUAUAUUAUACAUGUGUAUCUUUUUGUGUAAAAAGGAAUAUGUGGAUUAGUACAUUACAACAAGAACAACAACAUUUAAUACACCUACAAAGCUACAUAAAUGGAGAUGCGUACUGUAUUUGAUAUUAAUUAACACAGAAGAUCGAUAAGUGCAAUGUCAUUUGUAGUAACCAUUGUAGAGGCUAUAUUGCAUUAGGAAUGUUUUAUUGUAGUAUUUUUUAAUUAAAUCCAAUUUGUAAAAACGAUAACUUAUCAGUGAAAUUGAUCACUUUUUAUAAGAUCAAGUCCGGAUCUUCAUAAGAGCAAUGAUAUUGGCUUUAUACACCCUGCGGUUUCAUAAACAGUUUUGAUACAAUUUAAAGUCCAACAGGGCAACCCCCUCUUUGUUUAUAUAAUGCCCACUCAAUGUUUGUUGCAGCAUCCAGCACGAUACCAUAUUAUGGCCUAUUUAUAUAAAAACAAGUAUUUAGCAAGAUUGCUCGCCCUUCCUGACUCUUGCAAACCAAACUGGACGUGCACAAUAGCUUUGCAGGAGAUUGCUUCGCGUUUUGACCAGUUUCAACAUGUUGGUAUUUUUGCUGUGGUGCAGCACAAUAGCGCAGCACGCGCGUCCCUCCCUCUUGUGUCUAAACCCCUUAUGUUGCUAUUGUUUCACUCGCACUGUUGGUCCAUCAACCUAACUAUGUUUGAGCUUAAGUCUUAGUGCGACGAAAAGCGCUAAUUACAACCCCACUUAGGGUCCUGCCCCCUCAUUGGCGCACCUGCUGUUAGACAUUGUUCGUAAUAGAUGACCACCACUGCUGAAAUUUCCCAACAAAUUGCUUUUGUUUGACCCUAACCUAACCAUGUUUAAACUAGUGGCGAAGAUAAGCCACGCGGGUAAUGUAUCCAUGUUUGUUUAACACAAACAAGUCUUUUUAAACUUAGGCAAUUUUGUGAUGGAAUUUUUGACGUGAUAUAGUCCUUUAUAAAAUAACCUUUUAAUAACGCCUGCGCUGAUUGGUUGAAAAGCGAAAAAUCCCGUGUUUCUAUAACGCUAUAGAACACGGGAAUUUUCCACGAACCUCAAAAGCAACACACGAAAACAGACGUUUUCACCUGAAAUAUCGAUUAAAAAUCUUCGUCAACCUGAAAUUUUGUUAAACAAGAAAUGGAAAACACUGACCAAACGUUUUUUCGCUUUAAAUUUUCUUUAAAUCAACUUUUUCAGCGUGUUUUAUUCCAUAAUUUUGCAGUCGGUAAAACUGAAAAUUGAUGCCGGUAUUAAUAAUUAACUAUACUAUAUUUUUACAGGUUAACUUGGUCAGCUAUACUAAGCUGCUAUAAAUUUGUUGCUAGGCAGCAUUUUCUUGUUAUUGUGUAAUGAGAAUAUACUUUUUAAUCGCGUUAAAAAUAUUGUUUUUGUGUUAUUACCACGAGGUUUUUUAAUAAAGGAAAUAGAAAACUUUUUUCCUGUGUUUCUAUAGAGUUAUAGAAACACUUGUGCUAGUUUGGGAGAACUCGAAAUAACGUCGAAACACUCGCACUACGUGCUCGUGUUCCCACUGAUUAUUUCUCGUUCUCCCAGACUAGCACGCGUGUUUCUAUAACUCUAUAGAAACACGGAAAAUGUUUUCUAUUUCUUAAAUAGUUGUUGUUGAUGGCGCAGUGGUUCGCACACGUUAGCAACACUGCGAUCAAACCACUGAUCUGAAAUAAGGGCUGGUUGAAGCAUCCUAUUGAAUUCAGUAACCCGAUUUUGAAGCCAGAAUAUUUUAAUGAGAUGAGAUUUAUAAAUCAGUCAAAUUCAUGGACCAGUCUAAUCGUUUGCUGUUUAAGUUCAGUUAGACUAUAAAGCAAAUAUCUUCGCCUAUAUGACUUGUGAAAUAUAGCUUCCAAAACCUCUUCGAAAUAGUUUUAGAAUGUUUUAUACACCACAUAAUGUGGCUUAUGGCGGCCAUAUUUGAUGGCCUUCAUUAGUUAUUCACCGCAAAUUUAGGAAUAAGAGAGGCUACUGAUGAUAAAUUCUUAUCUAGGCAAUAAUUGUCCUUUCCCACUAGUGACUAGGAACAUAAAGGAAGAGUUAAACAUGUCCACAACACCAGAUUAGAUUUAUGGUGGGACCAUCCAAUAUGGCGCCAUUGGCUUCAGUUAUGCACAGCAGAUGCGCUAUCCAUUCCUUAUUUCAGAUCAGUGGAUCAAACAUGCGCGUGCAUGAUUACCGCUUGAACUCGAAAGAGUGGAAAUAGUAUUGCCUUCACGAAGCUCUAACAAAAAGUGUAAAGAAAAUUACGAGAGUGUAAACUCAGUAUAACCUCGUCGUAUGAGAUAAGGAAAAGCGGUGAGAUUCCCUAUCUUAGCCGUUACCUUGUAGUAAACGCUUUCCAAUGCCGUUGUUAUACUUCUUUUAUUUUUGGCAGACAUUUUCCCCGCAAUUUCCUUAUACUCGCGCAUGUGCUUGACGUUUAACCGCGAUCUUCACUCUACCCAGUUCAUAUUUAAUCUCGCAACCAAGCUUUUGAUUUUGGCGAUUCAAGCAAAACAGCACAAAACGUUUUUUCGUUCUUUCUGUUUAUACAUUUUGGUUCACAAUCACAUCUAUAUAGCUGACAUAAAAUUGCAUAGGCGUAGCGGAGUAAAUUUAUGUACGCCUGCCUUUACAGUAUAUAUGUAGAAAGAAUCAUAUAAAUUGCAAUUUAUUUCUUUAUUUUUUAAUAUAUAUAAGGGUCUCAUUAAUAAUUUUUGCAUGCAUGGUUGAAGCUGACUCGUCAUCUUCAUUCAGCUGAAUAAUUUAUAGUAAAGAAUAUUAUACAUACAAAGCGCGGGCUGGAAACACUGGCGUCAAGGCGGGGUGACUGGGGACGAGUCAGUUAUUGACAAGGGCGUCAAUCUAUCUCAGAAAGUGGGGGGGGGGACUCCAAACUAGGAAGGUCCGGAGGUAUGCUACCAGAAUUUUUUUUUUAAAUUUUGGUACACUGAAACGGCAUUCCCAGCGUUUUGGGGGCACUUAUAAAGUUUUAUUAUAUCGUAGAGAGUGAGAUACUGAAAAAUACACAGUGAAAUAUUUUCCAUAUCUUAACUAGUGAAGAUAUCGAUCACGUGACUUUUUCCAAUUUUCUUUUGAGCGUGAAAAUUCACAAUCUUUUUGCUUGGUUUAAAAACAAUAUUUUACUCACUCCCUACGCUCGUUAGUAAAAUAUUGUUCUCACCACUCGAAAAUAAAAGUCAUAUCUUCGCACCGCCGUGUAAUAUCCUCUAUAUAUUACAAUGUGCAUGAUCUUAAAUCCAUUUUUAACCAUGUGAGAAAUCCGCUAAAAACUAACAUGUCCUAGCCUGUGAACAGACGUUACUCUCGACGAGGCGCUCAGUAUUCGCUCCCAGCAGCUACAGAAAGAUCAUACGUUGAACUUCUUCUUAUUAAAUAUCUUCCUUUCAAUCACAAUUUUUGAUGAAUAGCAUACCAUACAUUAGGUUUUUAGAUAACCACGAAACAAAAUUUCAUUAAACAUGCCAAAAAGUGGGGGGAUAAUUAGAAUUCGACCCCCACUCCAAAAACUGGGGGGACGCAUCCCCCCCAGGAUUGACGCCCAUGGACUUGUUGAAGAGUCGCAAAUCCCCGUCGAUAAGUCUUUUUCUAUCUAAAUUUUAUACAAGCUUUAAAUAAUUUGCAGCAUUUUGAAUACGAGUUAUCAAUAUGUUCAUCUGUUCCUCGAUGUCACUUUUAUUUGGCAUCUCUUGUGUCAAGGCGUUGAAUAAUCCUGGAAACUGCACGGUUUUGUAAGAGUUUUGAUUGUUCAUUCCAAAUAUAACGUGCCUGAAGAAAAAAGAGUAUAUAUAUAAGUGAAGGGUGGGUUGACUACAGAAUUUUUGUAGUUCGUUAUAGCAUGGUUAAUAUAUAUGACAUGGUUUGGAAACCCUUUGUUGAGGGUCCUGAAGGGGUAAAAUGGGAACUGGGAUUGAUCUAUUUUUAGACUGGGAAAAUGGGAUUUAGGUUGCUGGGACUGGGAUUUGGCCACUGGGAAUGGGAAAUGAAGUUCUCAAAAAUGGGAAUGAGAUUGAAGUAAUGCGAGUCGAUUCCCAAUUUUGAUCCGUUUUUUGGUGGCUUUGGUGAUGAUUUUUGUUGUUAACUAUAUUAUUAGCACUACCACAGCACUACCUGCGAACAGACAUACUCUGGGCCCGGAAUUCUGGGUUUUCUGAUUAUGCGUGUCUUAGAAUGCUGCAAAUGCCAUUUCCGGGAUUCAAAUUUUCCGUGCCUUUGGCACAAGCCCCCCCCAAUAUUUCAUAAAGUGUCUGCCACUUGCACACACGUGAUGGCUUAAAAGGUCUUAAAACUGUUUAUUCUACCGAUAAAUAAAGGGGUUUUUAUUGACUGGGAUUUCAAUAACUCGGAGUGGGAUUUCUAAUAAAAAUCCAACUGGGACUGGGAUUUUGCCAAAAUUUCAGGUGGGAAAUGGGAUUGGGACCCCCCUUCAGGACCCUCUUUGUUUUAGGUGAUUGUGUACCUUGUGCAGGGUCACUGUUGAAAAAUCCUUUGUCUUUCUAUUGUUUGACAAUAGUCAGUUCAGAAAGCUUGGCGAAGGGAAUGGGUAUCAAGUAUUUGUUUUGCCUAUAUCUUACGGCAUAUUUUGCAAAUAACAAAGUAUUACCACCAUUUUUCUAUGGAGAAUGUUUGUGUCACAUCGUUUGGUCAAUUCGCAUUGAUUAAAACCAAUACGUGCAGGGUCAAACUGACUCUUCAACCUCCAUGUUUGUUUAUAGCGUAAUUUCUUUGAAGUUUGCCGGGUUUCCUAACCAGUUCUUAUAACAACCAUGGUUAUAGCUACAACUAGUGCUACUUGCGGAGAAAUGUAGUUCGCUACUGACUAUAAAAUAGGCCGAUUCACACUACACAAUUUUUGCCUAAAACAGUCGCGUGCAACCUGCUUACAACUUGAGUUGCACUGUGUAAAUCAAGCACACAACUCUCAAACGACAACUAAUGGACAACUUGCAUGUUAGACUAAAUUUUAAUCUAGAUAAAGAGAUAAGGGAAUCAAACACUAUGACAGCUAUAAAGAACAUAAUGAAAUUAGUAAAAUUGCACAAUUUGGUUGCGAAAUGUUAUAAAGCUUGGAAAAUAUAGCCUUGCAAAGUUUGCAAAUUUUGUAUAUGUUUAUUACGUGCGGAAAUUGUUACCAUUUUCGGCUCAAAAAUGGUAACAAUUUCCGCGCGUAACACAAACAUUACUAUACAAAACAUGCAAACAUCGCAAGGCUAUAUUUUCCGUAUUUUACAACAUUUCGUAUAACCAAAUUUUGCAGUUUUACUAAUAUUAAUAAGUUUUUUACGGGAAUUCUUUUUUUUUUGCCUAGACCAAAAAUUAGUCUGACAUGCAAGUUGCCCAUUAAGCGUAUAAGUAAAUAAGCAAAUAUAUGAAAUCGUACCUUGUUUGUUGACGACCAAAUACGUGAGUUCCACUGAUGAAACCUUUCUCUAACAUCAUUAUCUUGUCAUUGAGCAUACGCACUUUCAGAAUUCUGUUAAAUGUAUAAAACAUGCAGCGAAAUUAUUUAGCUUGAGCUCUUUAGCUAAGGCUACUUCUUCAUCAUUGGGUUUGCUUUGUAUGAACUCACUUUGUGUACAUUCACUUACGCAUUUUUGUCCACUUCGAGAAUUUCCUUCUCAAGCGCUCGUGCUACACUUUUAAAAGCCUCUAUUGCCUUUUCUAAGUAUACUAAAACGGAUAAAAAAUCAUUUUAAAAAUCGCAACGACCGACAAUACACAUGGUAAAAACGCACAAGUUGUAACAAACCUGCAGCAGACUUGUAGCAAUGUUGUCAACAGGAUGUGUUCGCACUGCUUGUUCCCCGUUUGUUGACAACUUGUCAACGGCUUGUUGACAACUUGCUACAAAGUUGUUGAGCUCAACAGACUUGUUACAAGUUGUUCCAACAGCUUGUUGUCGUCCUGCAAUUCAACAUUUUGUCAACAAGUUUCGGGUGACAAGCUUGAAGCAACUUGAUCAAAUAACAGCUUUGUUACAGCUUGUUGACAUGCUUGCUACAAGCCUGUUGCGAACAUAUCUUGUUGACAAGUUGUGAGAUUUUUUCGUGUGUAUUCCACGGUACACGUGAACAACAUACAUGGUCACGUGAACUACAUUUAAGGUUUGUCAGAGUUGCAAGAUACAGCAUAUUAUACCUUCAAAAAUUUGAUUUGUCAAACAAGCUAAAUACCUUUUUUUAUAAGGCAAAUUUUCACACACCACACAGAAAUAAAGAGCUAUAUUUUUCAUGCUACGACCAGAUACGACAUCAAUCAACACCACGUUCUAUAUAUAUUUCAUGACUUUUUCUUAUUUGUAUUCCCUUACCAAUCGUUAUAUUAUACUUCGUGAGAACGUCACCAUAUUUCUCUGUCAAAGCUUUCACUCCGAAGCGUAGUUUCUCAGCAUACUUUGUGGCAUUCAUUGGCAAAAUUUGGUCGUCCGCAAGAGCGAGUACUGAGUGCGCCAUAACCUGAGCAAUAGCACGAUGAGUAUGAAAGUCUGGGUCCAUGAAGGUUUUUACGUAAUGAAAAGUGUCGUGUAGUGAAUGGUAGACUGGAUAGCCAAAGUUAUACUAGAAAUUGUAAGAAAAACGAAAAUAUUAGACGUUACUCGUUGCAGUUGUGGACGCAUAAUGAGGAGGGACGGGGGAUGCUCACCAUUUGUUGCUGGAAAUCAUUGCCUUAAAAUUUCAUCAACAUUUAUAUAGCUCAAUGAAUGUUUUCAUGGUUGAAAAAUUAUUGUUGCAGCUUUGUUACAGAGUUGUUCAACUAUCAUUGAAGGGGGGACCUCUCCCCACACCCUAGUGUCUGUCAUUGACUCAUGGCUUCUCAGAAAGUGUGAGCAUGAAAGGCAAUUUGCCUCUCCCCCCCCCCCCCUCGAGAUUCCUGGAGGUGAUAGCCCGAUGUGAACCUUUGCUGCAAGGAUUCUUGUUUCACAUCACUAAAUAAAACUAAGUGCACAUUGUCUAUCUCUAUUAGUUCUGAGUUGUUCUCUUUUGAUGUCCAGUAAGGAUAAUCUAUUAUUUGCCCAAUGGUUAAAGGGCACGGAGAUAAAAGGAAUAUGCACUAGCCAUUGCUCAAGCACCUCCAAAAAGGAGGGCGUGGACAUUCUUUUUCGUAGCAACGAUGCUUGGCUAAAUUGUUUCUUCGCGGCAAUUUGACUGGUCAACGCACUUAUGAGAUGCUGCGUCUUUCAUACUUACCUUGCUAGCAACAUAUCUGAUCUCUGCACUUGGUAUGCCAAGGUACUGAUUGAACGCCAUGUAGUCACUUCCAGUUGCAAUAUUGUCCACUCUUUAAGAAAGAAAUUUUAUUUGCACAUGUCUGCAGUUUACUUAUGUGAAAAAUUGAAAAUGGCCCUCAAUCAUGUCCUUGCAGGAUCAGAUAUUUCUCCUUUUCCAGAUCUUUUAAAGGAGAUUGUUUUUGUAGGCAGACAGUGCCGAGAAAGGGUGCAUUCAUUUGCAAUCAUUGUGUCUUACCUGGGAUAACCUGUAGCAGUAGAUGGAAGAUUUCUCAGCCAUUGGUCAAACACUGUCUCCUUCUUGUUUACUGGAUUCUUCACCUAUAUUAAGUAAGUGGAAAUGUAUUCGCUUGCGCUUGAUCAGCGAGAUGUUUUGCUAAGGUGGAACGCCACACCUGCCGUCAGCUCCCAGUACCUUACCACACAGUCCAGUUUUACCUGAAACCAUGCUACUCGUACGCUAAGGUGGCCAUGUGGGGAAUCAAUCAUCUCGAUCUCCAGAUGAAUGAUCUACCGACCGAGAUCUUCUCGCCUCAAAAUCAAUUCAUAUAUUAACUGUAAAACUAAACGCAAUGUGGAAAUAACAUAGUAACACUAACGGCUUUCUGAAGGAUUGCACGUUUUCCCAAAUUGUACAGUACCUUCUUUGCUGCAUUGUAGAGAACUUCAUACAACAUGGGACUUGAUUUAGCAAAGAUAGAGUAGUUGCCUGUAAAAGGAACAUGUAUAUAAACUAUAAAAAUAUUACAUAGCUAUAUCAUAUGUUGCGAGCAGAAUUUAAUAUCGGUAUUCGACGUAGAAAUACCAGUGUAAUCAUGCAUUAUUUUUAUUCCACUCUUGUGUCAACAUCCUUGCUUCUGGUAUGUUAAAAUGGUGAAACCAAACGGAUGAUGAAGAUGAUAAUACAUUAUCUUUCAUACCUCGUACUGGAGAGUCUAUGUUUAGAUAUGCGACACCUUCUUCACGAAUAGUUUGAGAGAAUUCCUAGAAUUUUUAGUAAAAAUGUCAGUGUACUUGUUCACCCCUACGAAUUUGAUAAACAGUGAUCGUAAGUUGUCUCCAAUGAUCAAAAAUAUUGCUCUUACAUUUACACACUUGAAUAUGAUGUUAAAGGGAAGAUUUAGAACAUAAAUGUCAUCUCACCUCAACAUAUUCUGUUGAUCCUAUCAUUCCGUAUUCUUCACCUCCCCAACUGAUGAGCAUAAUUGUUCGACGUGGUCGCCAUCCUGAGGUCGUAAUGGAAUAUUUUAAUAUAUUUAUUUAUACUGUGUAACACUAUCAGUAAUGGUCAUCACUUAUUGGUCAAUGUCAGUACAGAAAGAAACAGAUGUUCUGCCAAACUGAAAGCUAGCCUGAGUAUCAGGCCAUACUUUCCCUCCAAGAACUCCUUACCGUUUUUCAUGGCUCGCCCCAGUGCUCUGCUAAUUUCCAUCAGGCAUGCCGUACCUCCAUUAGGAUCCACUCCCCCAAACACCCACGCGUCACGAUGAUUUCCGAUUAUCACACGACGAUCUACGAAAUUUGUAAAGCGAUGAGCCAGUUACAGAUAAAACAUCGUCUAACCAUAGCCCAUCGAGGGGAAGAUGGCUGUGAAACUCAUUAGAAUAACAAUAUAACUCAUUAUCUAUGUUAGUCAACGUUUAUUCAUAAAGCUGGUCGUUUCACCGUCACGUGUGUAUUGUAUUUUUACCAAAUCCACCAAUAGCAAUUUCCAGUUUCCCUAUUGUUUGAGUCACGGAUAGGUGACUUUCCUAAAACAUUGCUAUUGGUUAGUUGGGCGAGAAUACAAUACACACGUGACGGUGAAGGACCAGAUUAAUCAAUAAACGUUGAACAACAUAGAUAAUGAGUUAUAUUGUUAUUCUAAUGAGUUUCACAGCCAUAUUUCCUUCGAUAGGCUAUGGUCUAACGCACACAUGGAAUUUGUGUACUAUCAAGAGCAGUUGAAAAAUUUUUAAUUUCUUGUCAUAAAACCCAAUAGUUCCAAAACUUACAUUCAGGAAUUCUCUGUAUUUACCUGGUUCUAGUCCGCCUGGGAUAGUUCCAACGACAUUGUAUAUAUUUUCUCGCUUUUCCUCAUUAUAAACUUCUAGGCGUACUUUCCUGAAAUAAUUAUAGUAUAAUAUAUAUCGGGAUAAUAUCAGGACUACAGUAAAGUUUUGUUAAGAGUUGCUGUAGGAAGUUUGUUUACCAUUUGUUGUAAGAAUCUUCAAAUCCUGGUCCAAUGUGAUACGAUAUGUUCAAGCCGCCUUGCCACGCGUCCGGGGUAGGAAUAACCUUUCUCAAUUUGCUGAAAGGUCAAUGCGUUUUAUCCAAUCAUUCAUUUUGUUAAAGUGCAUAUGACAUGAAACUUCUUAUUUUCUUAAUUGAAAGAACUAUUUAAGCUGUAGUGUAACUUAUUUUUCAGAUUCUUGUUUUUAUGGGUUUUUCCCGAGAUAUUUCAAUUUGUUUGAUAUGUAAAUGAGUGUGAAUAUGUCCGCUAAUUUAUGACGUCAUGUUGGUUGCAAGCUCUUCAAAAUGGUUGAAUAUCACUGCUAUCGUCCAAGAUGACAAUUUCAAACUUCACUCACUGGUAAAUGUGAUGAAACACUGUAGAAAAAUGUAACCAGAUAUCUACAGUUUUUAGAGUUAAUAGAUUUAUAACCAGUGUAAGUUGAGCUUGCAACCAACGUGACGUCAUAAAUUAGCGGACAUAUUCACACCAUUUACAUAUCAAACAAAUUGAAAUAUCUCGGGAACAAACCAUAAAAACAAGAAACUGAAAAAUAAGUUACACUACAGCUUAAAGAGUUCUUUCGUUUAAGAAAAUAAGAAAUUUCAUGUCAUAUGCACUUUAACAAGAUGUGAGAUUUUAGACGUGUGAAAACCUGACAAACAUGCUGUAAGGGAGCAGUCGUCCGAGCAAUCUCCCUUUACCUCUGAGAUCGUGGGUUCGAUUUUCGCGAUCAGUCUCUGUGAAAAGAGUCAGUCAACGCUCUGCCGAAAGUCGUGGGUUUUCUCCGGGUGCUCCGGUUUCCUCCCACAGGGAAAGUUGACAGGGUGGGUUAGGAUAAACACAGUUAAAGGGAUACGGCAAUAUAUUUUUUUAUUAUUUCAUUUUAAAGAACUUUCAAAAUUAUAUGUUAAUCUCCUUUACCGAUUGUGCGUAACUUUAUUAUUUCUUGAAAUAUUUUGAUUUAAAAUAAUUUGCUGUCCGCCAUCUUGGAUUAAUUUUUAUCUCAUUAUCGGUGAUUUUAGUGACGUCAUAAGCAGGGUUAGCCAUAUAAAACUACAUCUAAAUGACCAAAUAACAUGUCUUGUUUGAAAAGUCGUCAGGCAGUUUUUUAUUUCAAAUAGUUACUAAAGUAUAUGAUUUUGGGCUCAUAAUAACCAAUUGCUCUAUGGAUAAAAUUCUUGCGUGACCCUGCUUAUGAUGUCACAUGCAUAUCCGCCAAAUCCAAGAUGGCGGAAAGCUCGCUGAUUUGUGAUUAGAUCAAAUAUCUCAAGAAAUAAUAAAGUUACGCAAAAUCGGUAAAAGAGAUUAACAUAUAAUUUUUAAAGUUCUUCCAAAUGAAAUAAAAAAAAUAUAUAUUGCCGUAUCCCUUUAAGAAAGUAUUAUCACAAUUGUUGUAAAGAUAAAAUAGUCUUGGUUAAGUAUAUGUAAUUAGGUAUGUAAUUAGAUUAAUGUAACUUGGUAUAAAACGCAUUUGAUCAUAUCUAUAUGUAAAUUUACGCCAUAGAAAUGUUAAUUUUGAAAUCCUGCUACUUCGAAUGGACCAUUCCCCAAUUAACCAAAAUUUUGAUCUCAACAAGUCUAGACAAAAUUCCAUCAUAGCAUGAAAGAGCAUCACAAAAUUAAUAAUAUUCCAAAGUUUCGUUGCGAAAUGUUGUAUAAUGCGGAUAAUAUAGCCUUUCGAAAUUUGCAAUUUUCAGUCAUUUUAGAUUACAAACGGGAAAUGGUUACCACUUUUCCAAAAUUUUGAUCUUAACUAGCCUAAACAAAAAUUUCAUCACAGCUUGAAAGAGCAUCACAAAAUUAGUAAUAUUCCAAAGUUUCGUUGCAAAAUGUUGUAAAAUUAAAUGCGGAUAAUAUAGCCUUGCGAAGUUUGUAAUUUUCAGUAAUUUUGUAUUACGCACAGAAGUGGUAACCAUUUCCCGUUUGUAAUCUAAAAUGACUGAAAAUUGCAAACUUCGCAGGGCUAUAUUAUCCGCAUUUUACAACAUUUUGCAACGAAACAUUGGAAUAUUACUAAUUUUGUGACGCUCUUUCAAGCUGUGAUGAAAUUUUUGUCUAGACUUGUUUAGAUCAAAAUUUUGGUUAAUUGGGGAAUGGUCCAUUCUAGCCCAAUUUUCGUCUUCUGAUGCAUGUGCAUGAACGAGUAGAAGUAGAUGAGUUAUGAAUGUUUUGAGUAUAUGUACUCUCAUCUGGACAUUCGUAACUCAUCCUUUUGUUCAGAAGAAGAAAAUCUCACCCAAAAAUCGCAGGGAAAAUUACAAGUGUAUAAACAUCGCUUUAAACUUACCCAAGAAAUUGCUGUGCAUCGCAUGCUGAUAUUGGAUAGACAGGGAUUUUUGGAAGAUUUUUCCUACUUUUCUCCACUCUGUAAAUACCUUCUAUAUGUUUGAAGGAAUGAAUAGCAGUUAUAUUCUUAAUGAGGUCGUUCAAUGUGAAGAUCACGUACACCACAAAUUAAACUGCAUAAGUUACAGCCGAUACUCGUUUAUUAUUGGACUAAACUAAUUAUGGCAGGAUCAAUAGACCUUUCCCCUUAUGAGUGAAAUUUUGAUCUAGGCAAGCCUGAACAAAAAUUUCACAGCUUGAAAGAGCAUCACAAAAUUAGUAAUACUCCGAAGUUUCGUUGCGAAAUGUUGUAAAAUGCGGAUAAUAUAGCCCUGCGAAGUUUGCCGUUUUUCAGUCAUUUUGUAUUACAAGUGGGAAAUUGGUAAUCAGUUUGAUCAUCUGAUUACCAAUUUCCCGUUUGUAAUGCAAAAUUACUGAAAAACGGCAAACUUCGCAAGGCUAUAUUAUCCGCAUUUUAAAACAUUUCGCAACGAAACUUCGGAAUAUUACUAAUUUUGUGAUGCUCUUUCAAGCUGUGAUGAAAUUUUUGUCCAGACUUGUCUAGAUCAAAAUUUCACUCAAAAGAGGAAGGUCUAUUACUGCAUGGAUAAAAACGCUCAAGGAAAUUGCUGUACUUCACUGAACUAAACUGAACUGAACUGAACUGAACUGAUUUAUUCUGGACUGCUUUAUCAAUUAUAUAAACUGGUCCCAUAUAGAGGUCCAGUAAGAACCAGAGAUCCAGUAAAGGCCAGUGCCUCAUUGGUCCGAAUACAGUAUGAUUGCAGUAGUUAUCCCGGGAAAACGUGCGGAUUCUAUAAUUGGGACUAAAAACUUUACUAAAAACUUUUUUUAUACUUACCAAUCGAGGGAUAUCCAGGUGUUACAGGGUCACCACUUGCCACAGCAAAUGCCCCUCGUUGCACCCCAGUGCACGGUAGAUAUUUACUGCGUGGAUAUGUGUCCUGCACUGGGGCCGAGUCGGCAGGAUCGCUGUAUACGAUCGCUCCAACUGCACCAUACUCGUGGGCUAGCCUUACCUGUGAAUAUGAAGGAAUAAAACAAGGAAAAACAAACUGUGAAAAUGCUCUAAGGCCUCGGGCAAACAGAGCGUCGUCGUUGCAGAAACAUCAGUUUUUCCUAGCCAUUUUUCGCAACGCCAAAAGUCAACAAACCAAUGAAACCUGCAGGAAACAUUGUUUGAAACAGAAAACUUUAUUUGAAAUCAGGAAACAUGUUUGAAAGCAGGAAAAUUUGCUUGGAAGCCAGGAAACACGUUUGAAACAUUGUUUGAAAUAUAUUUUCCAAAACCCGAAGGUUGGCAAACCAGGAAACGUCUGUCAAAAACAGUUGCCUUGGUCAAAAAUCCUGAAUUUGUUCGCCAAUAUUUUUGCUUCUCGAAAAAGAAAUGUUGUUUCCACCACGAUGUUUUGGAGGGUGGGCAAACAAAAUUAAUUGGGGAAAAAUCAUUAUUCUCAGAUGUUUCAGCAGUCUAGUACCUGUAUAUGAGUUUGUAUGCAUUUCAUUUAGGACAGAUAAUCUCAACUGUUUUAGGGCAAGUUGACCAUGACGGUCAACAUGGUAACGCUGCCCGAACCCCAAUCCGGGACGAAACGUCCGAAACUGACCACACCCAAAAACAAUGCUUUCGCCAUACUGCUAUCUACCAAACCAUAAAAGCUUUGGCUAUUCUGAGGUGCUUACAUGGUUCAGAGAUGGUACUAUUGGGGUGGUCAUUGGUAAGUGUGAAAUGCCUAGCACUAAUAUUUCACAUGAAAAUGGCCAUGCAAUAAUCAUAGUUAAACGUCAAUUUGUGGCUUGCAAAUUCAGAUAAACAGCAGUAGUGGACUUACAUUACCUUUUUCCCUAAAUCUUUUUGAUAAAAACAUAAAUGGUACUUAUUUAAAUAUAUUAUCACUGGUUUGGUGUAAAAUAGUUAAUAUUUUCUGACCGAAAUAAUAAUUUGAAAUGUGCCUACCUCCUGCAAAUGGACGUAUUUGGCCAAGUUCUCCACUUUACUCCGCUGUUUAUCAGCGAUCUCGUCGAUAUCCUACAAAAAAUGUAAAUCAUCUCAGACAUAAUGGUAUCAAGAACAUUUUAAACAAGUUUCAACGUGGUUUCAAGUAGAUCAUACCUGUUUAACCAUCGACAAGGUAAAUCCACAACUUUGUCCAAAUUCGGCGCCAUUUUGUCAUCCCAUGUCGCUUGUCAACAAUUCGACCUUGUUACUCUUCCAUCCAAGCCAUUUCCAUUCCACUAAUAAUAAAUUUAACCCUUUAUAACAGGAGGAAACUAAAAAAUCUAAACAAAACAUUAGAAAUUCGCCAUUUUAUCACCCUGUAAAAUUUCGCUCACGAGUCUUUCAAAACGUUUCGUACAAAUAUCGCGUGACAAAGUAACAGGGACGUGACGGGAGGGGGUGAAUUAUUUCACGAAGAUAGAAGGGCUGCGUGAAAUAGACUAAAGGUUAAAUACAAUCAUACAAAUGUUUGUUUUAUUUCUAGUAGUGACAAAUACAUACAUUUAUUAUUUAUUAAUAUGAAAAAGUCAUGCAAAUUAAAUGUUGAUUGUUGGUUUUACCAAUUUACCAUACUGUAUGGGCUUUCAUUUUUCAAGUCUCUACCCCCCCUGCAAGUCCCUGUUGCUAAACCACGCGAGAUUUGUAUGGAAUGUUUUGAAAGACUCGUGAGCGAAAUUUUACAGGGUGAUAAAAUGGCGAAUUUCUAAUGUUUUGUUUAGAUUUUUUAGUUUCCUCCUGUUAUAAAGGGUUAAAUUUAUUAUUAGUGGAAUGGAAAUGGCUUGGAUGGAAGAGUAAUAAUGCUGAAUUGUUAACAAGCGACAUGGGAUGACAAAAUGGCGCCGAAUUUGGACAAAGUUGUUGAUUUACCUUGUCGAUGGUUAAACAGGUAUGAUCUACUUGAAACCAAGUUGAAACUUGUUUAAAAUGUUCUUGGUACCAUUAUGUCUGAGAUGAUUUACAUUUUUUGUAGGAUAUCGACGAGAUCGCCGAUAAACAGCGGAGUAAAUUGGAGAACUUGGCCAAAUACGUCCAUUUGCAGGAGGUAGGCACAUUUCAAAUUAUUAUUUCGGUCAGAAAAUAUUAACUAUUUUACACCAAACCAGUGAUAAUAUAUUUAAAUAAGUACCAUUUAUGUUUCUAUCAAAAAGAUUUAGGGAAAAAGGUUAUGUAAGUCCACUGCUGUUUAUCUGAAUUUGUAAGCCACAAAUUGACGUUUAACUAUGAUUAUUGCAUGGCCAUUUUCUUGUGAAAUAUUAGUGCUAGGCAUUUCACACUUACCAAUGACCACCCCCAAAAGUACCAUCUCUGAACCAUAUAAGCACCUCAGAAUAGCCAAAGCUUUUAUGGUUUGGUAGAUAGCAGUAUGGCGAAAGCGUCGUUUUUGGGUGUGGUCAGUUUCGGACGUUUCGCCCCGGAUUGGGGUUCGGGCAGCGUUACCAUGUUGACCGUCAUGGUCAACUUACCCUAAAACAAUUGAGAUUAUCUGUCCUAAAUGAAAUGCAUACAAACUCGUAUACAGGUCCUAGACUACAUGGUUUUAACUCGCACGUCUCCAAAAAAUUUUCUUCCAAGUGCCCCAUAAAUAUAUUUGCCAAAACUGGUGCGAACUUGGUCUCUAUGGCUGUCCCCAAUUUUUGGCGGAAGAUUUUUUCAUCAAAUUCAAAAUAGUUGUUUUCUAAGACCAGCCUUGCCAAGGAAACCAAGUCCUCAACCGGUAGCUCCCACUCAGCCCUAUUAAAAGCUGCCAGAAGCGCUUCCAACCCUUCCCCAUGUGGUAUAUGAGGGUACAAGUACACAAACUAUAGUACACAAAAUAGCAGAAGAUGGAAUGGUACUAUAGUACACAAAAUAGCAGUAGAUGGAAUGUGUCCCAAACUCUCUAAUUAUUGAAGAAAAUCAGAAGCAUCCUUAAGAACAGAUGGUACGUUACACACUAAAGGUUGUACAGUAUAUGAAAAUCCAAAAAUGCCGAUUAUUCUUUCAGUGGCCGUACCGCAAUUUGAAAUGACCGGCCGUUCUGGUACAUUCGAUCUCCAAACGCUUAUGAAUUUUAGGCAACAAGUAAAAUUUUCCUAAUCGGACCUUAGAAACCAUUAUAUAUUUUCUAUUAGCCUAAGAUAUGUAUCCUUUAUGCACCAAAGGAUCCAACGUUUUUUCUAUUAAAGAAUUAACCCUAUCCAAAGGAUCUGACUCA